AUGGAGGCUUCACAAGAAUUGGAUGCUGCUAGUAGCAUAUCUAAUUUUUUAAGUAUACCGAAAGACCAAAUUUCUAAGUUAGAUACUGAUGUUAUAGAUGCUCUAAGCAAAAAAUCAGAAGAAUACAAUUCAUUGAAAGAAUCCAGCCUGGGAUUGAGCUCUUCUAUUAGUGAAUUAUCUAAAACUCUCCAAAAGGAGAAAUUGGCUUCACAAGAGACGAAAAAUGAACUUUUGAAGUUGCUAGAGGAAAGAAUAAACCAAAUUGACACCUUAAAGGCCGAUCUGAACAAGGUGGUGGAAGAAAAUAAAAACCUUUACGAGAACAGUCACAAACUAACUAAGGAAAUAGAAACCAGCAAGGAUGAAAAAUUACUAUUACGGACACAAUUGGAUAAAGUAACUUUUACAUUAUCCUUAACGAUGAAACAGAAGCAGCAUACAGAAUCUGAGUAUUUGUCAAAAGAGAAACACUUUGAAUCUUACAAAGACAGAAAGGAACUCGAGUAUCAAAAUGUCAUGGAAAAUCUAACAGCAAUCGAUAACGAAUUAAGGAUGACUAACGGCAAGAAUGCCGAACUUUUCAAAAGAAACGAAGAAUUAUCAAAAGAUUUACGAGGAAAGAUUAGUGAAAUAAAAAGUCUGGAAAAUUCACUAAAAACAAGUAACGGUGACUUUCUAAGUGAGAAGCAAUUGCAGGAUCAAUUAAUCAAUGCACUUCAAAAUCAAAUUAAGACAUUACAGGAACAGCUCGAAUCUCUUUCUGACGAAAAAUUUGAUGAUCCUGGCACCCAAAAAUUAGACAAGCAUGAAUUGUUGAGGCAAAUCAAGAAUUUGAAUGAGAAGUUGGAAAUUUCAGAAAGGGAACGCCUUUCUUUGGUACAUUCCAUGGAGGAAUUCCAAAAUAUCCCGGAGGAAGAAUCAUCUUCAGUGUCAUCACAUGCUUCUGGAAGAAAUAAUUCUGCGUUAAGUCUUUCUGGCGACGUCAAUAUCUUACGAAAACAUUUUUUGAAGGAGAGACAGCAAAAGAGACAGCUAGAAGAACAAAUGAGACAAAUUCUACAAGAACUAGAAAGAAACAUGCCCUCAUUGAGUUCAUAUAAAGAGAGAUCCACAUUUUUGGAAAAAGAGCUGAAUAGUUCGAAUAUAUUACUCGAACAUAUUAAAAAAGAGAACUUGGAUAAAUCAGCUGAGCUCGAGAAAAAAGAGUCAGAAUGUAGUAAUCUCAGGUCGUCAAUAAAUAGCCUGGCAUUUCAACGUACAGUUCUCGCUCGUCAAGUCAAAUACUUACUUCUUAUUAUUCAAAACAAUGAAACAUUGGGAUCCUCACUAGGAAGAAAAGACCUAGAAUUAUUAGGGCAAUACCUUGCGGCUAACACAGCUGAGGCUAUGUCAGAUUCUGAAAAGAUUCUUUUAGAAAGAUUAGCCCAAUUCAAAAAUGUUAAAGAACUCCAAAAUAGAAAUAUGCAACUACUCCAAGUCUCAAGAGAACUAGCUUCUAAAGCUGAGAAACUAGAAAAAGUAAACCUGAAGCAAAUCAGCAGUGAAGAAGAUGAAACAAUAAAUGAUGCAAAAGAAGCUAUCUUAGUGUUACAAGAAUAUUCGCAAAAACUUGAAUCGCAAAUUAAGGAGCUCAGUGAUGAACUAGCUGUUCAAAAAAAGGAAAAAACUGAAAAGGAAAGCAUUUCAGCAAUGAGCAAAAUUGAAGAUGACGCUUCAAGUCAUACGAUCGACUUAGGGAAACAACUAUCUGCCAACUUAAAACACUCAAAGGAUAUUAUAGAUGCACUUAAUUCAGAAAUAGAGAACUUACAUCAGGCUAAUACAGAUGUAAAUAUAUCCUUAGACAAAGAAAAAUCUGCCAGGAAGCUGGCAGAAGAUCGCUACAACUUGCUGGAAUACAAUGUUUCUUUGCUGAAAUCAGAAAAAGAAGAGCUACAAGAAGAAGUUAAUAAGUUACAGCAAAAUAUCCUGGAUAAAGAGAAGCAAUUUUCUUAUUCUUCGAGAGACUACAUCAGUUGCAAAUCAAAGCUUUCUACAGCAGAGGCAGAGAUCACUAGUUUGAGGGCUGAAAAUGAAUUAAGUAUUGAGACACAAACCACACUGAGAACAAAAAAGGAAGCCCUUUUGAACGAGAGAAAUAAUCUAAGGAUGACUGUCACCCAAAUGAAUUCCUUGAAUAACGAACUUCAGACAUUAUUGAAAGAAACAAAGUCUGGCUAUGAUGAUAAAUUGAAGAUAUCAGCUCUGAAAUGUACGCAGACCAAUAACCAGCUUCAACUGGUGCAACAAAGAAUGUCGGAAUUGAAAAGCCAAAAUGACUCUGAAAUUAAAUGGUAUAAAGCCACUAUCGAUGACUUAAAAGCAAAUGUAUUCGAACUUAAUGAAGAGCUGAAGCAAAAAGAGGAAAAAAUCGAAGAAUUUUCUAAGACUCUCGAAAAUGUCCAAAACGAACUAACUCUUGCAAAUUCCAAAGAUGUCUCUGAAGAAAAACGUGCUCUAGAGAAGGAACUUAGCGAGGUAAAAUCUCAGCUAGAAAAAUCAAAUCUUGAGGUGAAAGAAUACGAAAAUGUGAUAUCGACGUCCAAGCGGUCCUUUGAAAACAAAUCCAUCCAAUACGAAGAUAGGAUAAAAGCUCUUGCAAGCAAGUUGGAUUCGGAACUAAGAGAAAGGACAACCUUACAGGAAAACUUAUCUACUUUACAAGCCAGAAUGGUAGUUCAACAAGAUGAACUUACUAGUAAUAACAAUACUUUGAGCGAACUAAGGGUAUCAUAUGAUUCCCUCCUUUUGGAACAAAAGACAUUCAAGGACAAAGAAGCUGAACUACGAAGUGUCAUAGCCGUAAAGACUGGAAAUUAUGACUCCCUAUCAAAAUCUUACGAAAGAAUAAUGCAAGAAAAUUCCGAACUUUCGAAAGUCGUAGAGCUACUCAGAGAGGAGGUCAAAAAUCGUACUAGUAACGGCGAAAAGGAGGGAGAUCUCGAAGAUACAGAAUCAAUCAUAAAGAAGGGGCAGGAUGUUUGGGACGAAGAGAAAAAAGUUUUCGAGGUCCAAAUUACAAAUUUAAAUGAGAGAUUAUCGGAACUCUUAGAAGAAAAUGAGUCACUUCUUGCUCGCCUAGAGUCUCAGGACAAGGGUAAUAAUUCUCCAUCUGCUGAAACUAACGCCGCUGGAAACGAAGAAACUCUGGCUGCUUUGAGAUCUGAAAGAACCAGUUUAAUAGAAAAAUUAACUGCGGCCCAGAAGGAAGAGCGUUCUGUCCGCCAUAAACUUCGGGAAACCGAACAUGCUCUUAGUGAAAAUGCUUUCGAGUUGAAGAAAAUCAAGAGCCAAAUAUUCGAGUUGUCCUCUCUUCCACAAAAUGAACAUGAUAUACUACGCCAUUUGGUCCACUUGAAAGAACAGAGAGAGGAAAAAAAUAAAGAUGCUUUGGGAACCAAUAAAUAUAUGGAACAACCGAAUAAAGUCACCACUGAAGCGCAGGAGAAAAUACAAGACCUGGAGGAACAACUGAAUGGUGCAAAAAAUUUAGAGACAACAUCGCUUGAGCACGAUAGUCUUGUACAAGAGAUGAAAGAUAAUUUCGAAAAGGAAAAGUCGAGCUUGCUGUCACAACAGGAGCAGGAAAUUGAGAAACUCACUGAUAAUGAAAGAAAACUUAGAGAAUUCUACGAGGAAGAAAUCCAGAAGAAGGUUAGUCAGGCCGAAGAAAAUCUAAAGAAAAGGAUUAGGUUACCUACUGAGGAAAAGAUAAAUGGAAUAAUCGAGAAAAGGAAAAGUGAGCUAGAAAGUAGUUUUGAACAAAAGAUAAAAGAAGAAGCUAAGUCGUUACUCCUACAUUCUGAUGACGAUAAAAUCAAAAAAAUUUACAAAGAAAUAGAAGAAAGUGGCAGAGAAACUCUACAGCAGGAAUUUGAUGAACAAUUAAAUAUCGUAAGGAAAAAGGCUUUCGAAGAAGGUAAACAGCACGUACUAAUGAAGUCUGCCUUCUUGGAAAGAAAAAUAAGCAUGCUAGAGGGUCAAUUGAAGGAAAAAAAUAAACUAAAUAAUAAUUCAAAGAAUUUAAAGGAGAAUGUCUCAUCCACGGAUGAACACAACUCUUCAAUCCAAGGAAAUCCUUUUUUCAAUCUUGGCAAGGAGCAAAUGAAUGUGCCACGAUUCACAUCUGAAUCUUCUACAAUGAGUACAACAAGUUCUCUGAACCCCUUUACCUCUUUUGAGCAAGCUGAAACCAAGACACAUGAAGAACACCUUCCACCUCACAUUGCUACAAUGGUCGAUACAGAUGAUCAGGACGAUCAGAAAAGACCGUUCGACGAAGCAUCUUCAGAAAAAACACCUGAGAGUAAAAAGACCAAGUUUUAA